AUGCUUUUGUUUAAGGGAACAAAGUUUGUAAUUUUACCAAAUCGAAAUGCGUCGUCGCUGAAGUUUUUGGCCGAAUUACUGGUUAAAGAAGGGGGAAUGCUAGUGAAUGAGGAGAAAGAAAUAGACUGUGACACGAUUGUUCUUAUCAAUGACUCUUUCAUUACAAAUACCAACACCAUUAUGAAAAAUGAACUGUUUUUCAAAGAGUUUGAUCUAGAUCCCUCUACAGUCUGGAAUAAUGUUAACACAUAUAAACUGAAGUGUGUCAGAGCUACUUGUAUAAGUGAAUGGCUCAGGAAAUCAUCAUUCCAGAUUAACCCGGAGUUAGUACUUAGCGUAGAGGACAACUUAGAGGACAAUUCAGAGGAUCAUAGUGGAGUGAAGUUCGUGACCCAUUCAGCGACACCUCUGUAUAAUUAUGAUUUGAUUACUGCUAAGUUACUAAAGAACUCUGAAAAGGCAGCGAGACAAAUUCCUGAAGUUUAUUCAUCCAGUCAAAAUAAAUCAGAAAAUUCUGAGCUCGCUGGUAAAUCCAUGGAAACUGAAGUCUCAAACAAGAUGGGGGAAGAGGUGAAGAGGACAGUAGAUAUUUCGCAAACUACUUCUGUGCCAAAGGGAAACGAGAAACUGAUACAAGCAUUGGGUAGAUUGGCGAAGAGGUAUGAGAUGAAAGGAGAUCAAUUUCGUGCCCGAGGUUACAAACUUGCUAGAAUUGGUAUAGAGCAGUAUCCUUUCAAAAUCGAAUCCGGGGCACAGGCACAGGAAGAGAUAUCUAACGUGGGGGCCAGUAUAGCCAAGAAAAUCCAAACUUUACUGGAUAAUGGUAGUUUGCCUGGUUUGCAGGAGCUUUUUGAAUCUGAAAAAAGAGUAGACUAUUUCACCAGAUGUCAUGACAUAGGGAUAUACACCGCUAAAAAAUGGGAAAUAAUGGGGCUCAAAUCCUUUUCAGAGGCAUGCACAAUAUUUCCCGAAGACUUCACGAGGGAUUGGCCUAUUUUAUUCGGUUGGUCAUAUUAUGAAGACUGGUUGAAGCCCAUUAGGAGAGAUGAGUGCGAAAAGCUUGCCAGUGUCGUUCAGCAGGAACUUCAUUUAAUAGAUCCCCAAAUGAAAGUUGAAAUACUAGGAAGCUACCAUAGGGGAGCAGAGAAGUGUGGUGAUAUCGAUUUGUUUUUUUAUAAGGCUGGGUGCGAUGAUAUUUCAGAAAUAGGCAGAAUCAUGGAAGAUCUGUCUAUUUCGCUAUACCGGAAAGGUUAUGUCCAGUGCUUUUUGCAAUUAACUAGAAAAAUAUACAAGGCGUUCAACAAAAUUAUCAUUAAUAGAUUAGAGAAAUGUCACUUAAAAACCACUCCUACAUUACAGUACACUGCGAGGGAUGACAAUCCUAGAAAGUUCAUGCUAGGAGUUAAGCUACCUGAUAAAGAAAAACGUCAAUUUGAAAGUAUAACAUUUGUUGAUAAUUACAAGUUAAAGCCGGAAGACAUGUUUAUGUCGCUGAACUCUGAUCGAAGCCCUUGCAGGAGAAUGGAUUUUUUUUGCUGUAAGUACUCUGAACUAGGAGCGGCAAGGCUUCAAUGGAUAGGUCCCAAGGAAUUUAACAGAUGGAUACGGCUUAAAGCAAUGCAUAAUGGUCUCAAGCUUACACAGCAUGGACUGUAUGACAACCAUAAUGUUUUAUUGGAGAGUUUCGACGAGCAACGUAUUUUUCAGCUACUUAACGAGGAUUAUAUUAGUCCAAGUGAAAGAAACCACGUAGUUAAGAAGAGACGUAAAGUUUAA